AUGGCCUUACCCAUUUCCAUAUGGCAAAUAACGCAACAUAUUGUUCACUACACAAAGCCAUCGCUGCAGAAGCAUAUUAUAAGGGUGUUGUGGAUGGUGCCAAUAUAUGCUUUAAAUGCAUGGAUUGGAUUGGAGUUUCCAGAGCAAUCUAUUUACAUGGACUCUUUGAGGGAAUGCUAUGAAGCAUAUGUUAUUUAUAACUUCAUGAAAUAUUUGCUUAACUAUCUAAAUGAAGGUCAGGAUUUAGAAGAGGUCCUAGAAACGAAACCUCAAGUUUACCACAUAUUUCCACUAUGCUGUUUAACACCUUGGGAAAUGGGAAGCGAGUUUGUGCACAAUUGCAAACAUGGAAUACUCCAAUAUACAUUAGUGAGACCGCUAACCACAGUGAUAUCUAUGAUUUGUGAACUUUGUGGUGUAUAUGGAGAGAGUGACUUUAGUUCCAAUGUAGCGUUCCCCUACAUGAUAGCUGUGAAUAAUCUAUCACAGUUUGUAGCCAUGUACUGUCUAGUUCUAUUCUAUAAAGCUAAUCGAGAGGAAUUAAAACCUAUGAAGCCUAUUGGAAAAUUUCUUUGCAUCAAAGCAGUUGUAUUUUUUUCAUUUUUCCAAGGAGUCAUUAUCAAUAUUUUGGUAUACUGCGGCGUGAUAUCAACAAUAUUUGACAUAUCUGAUAAAGAUAAAAUUAAAGUAUUAUCUUCGAAGCUACAGGAUUUCUUGAUUUGUAUUGAAAUGUUCCUGGCUGCAAUAGCACACCACUAUAGCUUCUCAUACAAACCUUAUGUGUCGCCAUUUGAUCCGGAUCGCUCUUGCCUGGGAUCUUUUCUGGCCAUGUGGGAUGUCUCAGAUGUAAAACGGGAUAUAACCGAACACCUUGGUGUUGUCGGAAGUUCCUUCAGUAGACGAUUACGGGGUAAAUCAAUGUAUCAUAUGACAAGAGGAUGCGACGAAAGCUCAAGGUUGGUGACCGAACCUGUUCCAUCCAGCUCGGCUCCAAAUUUAACCGUAGAUACUGAACAACCCCAAGUCGAUAUUCGAUCCACUACCUACGGUUCUAUCGAGAACACUGUAACGACAGGUUCAAUGAACUCCGAAACUGAACCGCUAAUCGAUUAUUCUGAUGACUCUCACCGAACACAAGAUCCGAAAGUGUAA